AUGCGACAACAAAAAGACAAAAAAACGGUCAGCGGCGCCUUAGUUUACCUCGGCACAAAACCAACGGCUGACAAUUGUGGCUCGGCAACCAACGAAGGGCGCGCUGACUUCAGAGAGCUGACGGAAAACAAGGCAGCAGCCGCUUUGAAAACAGAAAACUGGAUAGACAAACUUUGA